GUCCCUCCCCUUUAACUUCAGGCUGCAGUUUCUACCAGCUGAAAGCUCUCUCCUACCUGCCCCAGUGCCUGCCUGUGACCCAGAGAAGCCCAGCAUGGCCCGAGCCCUGCUCUUAACAGCCUGUGCUCUGUUCUGUCUCGUGGUUGUAGCUGAUGCUCUGAAGUGCCGGCUCUGCAGCUCUGUGCUCCCCGGGAUGCCCUGUAUGCCUCCUGAGAAGACCUGUGUGGCCCAAGCCUCUGGAGCCUGCCUCUCUGUCCUCACCCUCUCCGCAGACAACCAGGUGCAGCAGAAGAUAAUGGGCUGCACCCCAUCUAUCAAGAAGUGCGACCGGACCUGGGACCUCAGCAGUGGGCGCCGCAUGGAGUUCAAGUGCUGCACCACCCAUGACAACUGCAACGAGGACGAGAGUGAGCUCACUGGCACCAGGCCUGAGUAGGGAGGCACUAGGCCCCCCUGCAUCUUCCACCUUUCGCCCCACAGCCCCCUGGGACCAAUUACAGCAGACCUGCCCAACUGCCGCCUCCCUCUCUU